AUGUUAGGAGCCUUAAGGAACCCUCCUAAAGUAGUUACUGUUAGAGUUAAUAAAGCUGUGGGCUUACGGAAUACAUAUCUGGAAGGGAAGAAACAUCGGAAGGAUAACUAUAAAUGGAAAGUUAAAAUAAAGGGUGGAAAGAAGACAUUGGAAUCUUACACUGUCAAUGAUGCUAACGGCAAUCCUGUUUGGGAUUUUGAAGCCACUUUUGAGAUUGUAGAUGUUAGUUUGCCGGUCGUUAUCAAAAUUACUGACUCUGACGAUCAUGAUGUGGGUCAGGUUGUUAUUCCACUUGUUAAAAUUCCGCCACGUCCGGUAAAUUCUUCAACUAAACCUAUGAAUGAGAGUAACAUUCGAAUCAAUGAGUUGGAACCUACAAGGAAAGUCUCUGAGGUCUAUGGUAAAAUAUACUACUGGAUUUGGGCUGAAUCGUUCUAUGAGGAAGGUGGACCUGAAAAAUCGUCGAGGGGAUCGAUUAUUAAUCUUGAUAAGGUUCAUAGAAGUGCCUCCAGGCUAUCUUCGCAUCUUCAUCGUCAUAGGGACAGAGAUGAUGGCGCUUCUGUUGCCGGAAGUCAAUUGAGCAUGUAUUCAACCACAAGCCAAAAGAAAAAGUGGUACAAACAGAAUCCGAUUAAGAAAAUCAAAGAUAAGCACAGCAGUGGUGCCUCUCAUCUUAGUAGCAGUAUUAGGCAUGGUGGAGGAAGUGAACUUGGUUAUAGUAUGUCUCAAUCGAUGAACUCUCUCUUCCCUCAGGAGCAUGGCGGUGAUGCUGGUUGUGGUCAUUCGGGAAAUGAAAGCGAAAUUUUCGGUGGAAGUAAUGUCGGUUCUUCUGGAGCCUAUUUCAAUGUGCCAACCGCUGAAAAUCCAUUUCCAAGAGUGGGUAGUCCAAGGCGACUUAGUAGAGUCCGAUCACCUUCAUAUGAACUUAAUUCUGAGACGUCAAGUAGACAUGAGCCAUCGCAACCACUUAAUCGUAAUAAUUUGGCUCAUUCACCACUUGCGUCAUCUGAUGAAGGUGAAGACACCCAUGGCCAGCUGUUCCCCGCUGCAAUUCCCCAAUCUGCUAAUUCAUUUGAAGAUUCUCCAACUCUUAUUAGUGUUUCACCAUCUACUGGCUCUCAAAGUGCUGAAACGGAAGUUCACAUUUAUGGAAAGAAUCUCAAUUCGCGUAUAAUGCGGCAUGCUGUUUUGUUAGUGGAUGAUUACACAGUGGCAAAUUAUAAGUGGAGCGUGACGGAGGGAUCUUGGACUGAAGAACCACAGGCAACGCAUAGAAUAACAGCCAAAGUCCCACCUAAAAAAGAUGCCAUUGUGUCGGAAAAAGUUUGGAUUGAUGUUGAAACUAUGGCGCAUGGACGUCUUCACUGUCCAAUUCCAUUUGUCUACAACGUAAAUGAAAAAUCUCAUCCUUCCAAUGGACCACCUGCCAAAUUACCAGAAACAACGUUUAUCCGUAAUUCUAGUAUUCGUCUUUCUGAUAAUCGUGUUAGAAGAAGUAUUCGCAAAGCCCCUGAAGCUACGCCAUUGAAAGCUAUUAGUCCGCCAACUGUCGAGGGUAGUGGUUUGGUCAGGAAUUCAAGCAUUCGUCUUUCUGAUACGCGUAGACAUAGAGGAGACCGAAGCACGAAGCCAGCACAAACGGCCUUACCACCGACCAAUGAGAUCCCUAUAAGUAGUGAAAAUCGAUCAUCGGGUCUGGGUUCAGAAGCCUCAUUUAGUGAAUCCAAUCCUCCACUUUCUUCUAUUUCCACGACUCUAACUUCAAUUGAGGGUGAGGAGCGAUUUCACUUAAACGUAGGCUCGUUAGCCGAUGCAACUGCUGUGAUAUCCAAACUUAAAGGCGAAGUGACCGAGUUAACGUCUGAGUUAUCUCGCAAAUCUGAGGAUAUUGAUCGAGUCAGUGCUGAUCUCUGUCGUUUGAGGAUUCGUCUUCUUGAAGACGGAAUUGGGUGUUUAAGUGUUGCUGGAAACAAAUAUAUAUCGGUUCUACUUGUUUUUAUUUCAGUUACCGCUCCCGGUGCAUCGGAACCACCAAAAGAAGAGAAAACUAGUUUCGUCAGGAAUUCAAGCAUCCGUUUAUCCGAUACAAGAUCUCGUCGCAGCAUUAAGGGAAAUAAACCCUCUACUGAACACUCUAGAGAAGCUGACACUUCUGCAUCUACAAUAACAUCCUCUAUUAGACUUGAUGAAACGACCCUAUCGGAGACAUCCGAACCUAUAAAGCCAGAAAAUGGCAGAUUUAUCAGGAAUUCAAACAUUCGGCUUUCAGACACGAGGGUUCGUCGAAGUAUUAGGGAAAAUAAAUCGGAUGUCGUUAAGGGAUCAUCCAUUACUAAAGCUGGUUUUAUCGCUGCGGCAUCGGUGGCAGAAGAUGAAGGGAACUCUUCGGUAGCACCUGAACCACCAAAUUCAGAAAAGAGUGGAUUCGUUAGAAACUCUAGUAUUCGAGUUUCUGAUUCAAGGACCUACAGAAAUAAACGAGAAACCAAAUUAUCUCCCUCUGAAGGUCCUAGACAGUUAAUCACAAAUUUGGAAGCCGGAAAGAAGGAAGAAGCCCCAAAGCCAACAUUCCAGACUGUUUCAAAUAGUGAACAUAUGGAAGGAUCUUCAGACAUUGAUGAUGACAAUCCGCCAUAUAAGCGAUCAUUUCAUGAAGAGAUAAUUUCAACUCCUUCUAAAGUAGAAAUGCUAUCGACUUCAAGACGAAAUGAUGGCAUAGACAAGGAUUUAUCAAGGUCUACCACUCCAAUUGGAGAAAAAGAGCUUCCAAUUAGAGACUCUAUAUCUGGUGAAAGUGAGAGUGAGGCGGAGGAACGGGAGGUUAGUAAAAAAAUUGAGGUGGGUAAAGAAGAAUAUCAGAGCGAAUCGGAAAGCGAGUCAGUUACUGAAUCUCUUGGAGGUAGUGCUGAUUCAGCUCGUGGCGAUAGCAUUUUGCCAACGGUGGAUGAUAGUUCAUACUCGCAGCCAAAGAAGAAUCCACGAUUUGUGCUCAUGGAUCCGCAGGAAGGCUCCACGAAAGGUGGCUACGAGAUUUAUCUCUAUGGCGUCGAUCUCGAUGAAAAGGUGAUGCUUUAUGCCCAAGUGUUUGUUGAUGUCUAUGCAGUAUCAUCGACAGAUUGGCGAAUCGUACCCGGUAAAUGGCCGACUCUGUCACCUGAUGCUACACAUUGCCUCCAAAUUCGCGUCCCUGAAAUGCCGCCUGGUGAAGCGUGGAUUGAGUUAGAAACGAUGAGUGAUGGCCGUAUUCAAUGUCCUCGACCUUUCAUCUUCAGUGAUAAGAUCUCUUCGAUUAAAUAUUCUAUGCGUGGAAUGGGUGUCUUGGAGCAAGGUAGUAUUCAACAACCGGCAUCUUCCUUUGCAGACUUUGAGUUAACUCCAAAGAUGAAAGAUAAAGUAACCAAUGAUAUGCUUUUGACGACUGGUAAGUUGUAA